AACGGCUCCUUGGUGGUCUUUGGGGACUUCGCGAUCUGGGCAAAACAGGGGAUGUAGUUUAGUGGUAGAGUGCUAGUCUAGUAUGGGGGGGGGGCUGGGUUCCAUCCCUAGCACGGCAGAAAAAACAAAAACAAACAACAAAAGCCCCAUGGAAUUAUUAUGAUUGCUUUAACCACUAGGCGGGGAGGGGUCACACUCUGAGACCUCCUCUCUCCACUCUCUUCCUCCACAUCCAGGAAGGGCAGAGAGAGCCAGGAUGUGGGCGUGGCUCGUCACGGCUUGGGGGUGGGGCUGUGCAGGCGGAGGGGGCGGAGUCCCUGGAGAGCAGAAGCGGGGCCUCCACUCCGGGACUCGCAGCUCGGGGCGUGGCUACUGCCCCGCAUCUCUCAGCCCAGCAGAUCCCCAGCUGGAGCUGUGCUUUGUUCUGGCCGCUGCCUUCUCUCCCCUCCCGCAUCUGGGUGCAUCUUUGGUCUUCCCAUUCCCUCCCUCCGCCCGCUCCCUGAAUCUGGGCUCGAAUCCCCUUCCCCAACCGCUGCGGCCGAGCCCGGCCUCCCCCUCCCCCAAAUUUCUGGCCGGCGCCCUUGCCAGGGGGCCUUCUCUGCAUCUCUCGGUGCGUCUCCUUCCCUGCCGCCCGCUCUCCCGGGCCGGGGUCGCUACACCCGGCCCCGCCCCUCCAGGCGGGGAAUGUCCCCCGCAGCCCCGCGCCCAUGGUCCUGACGCUGCUCCUCUCCGCCUACAAGCUGUGCCGCUUCUUCGCCAUGUCGGGACCACGGGCCGGCGCCGAGAGGCUGACGGUCCCCGGGCCGGAUGGGGGCGGAGGCGCGGGCCCGUGGUGGGCUACGGGCGGCCGCGGGUCCCGCGAGGUGUCGCCUGGGGCGGGGGCCGAGGUGCAGGGCGCCCUGGAGCGUGCGCUGCCCGAGCUGCAGCAGGCGCUGUCGGCGCUGAAGCAGGCGGGCGCCGCGCGGGCCGUGGGCGCGGGCCUCGCCGAGGUCUUCCAGCUGGUGGAGGAGGCCUGGCUGCUCCCGGCCGUGGGCCGCGAGGUGGCCCAGGGUCUGUGCGACGCCAUCCGCCUGGACGGCGGCCUCGACCUGUUGUUGCGCCUGCUGCAGGCGCAGGAGCUGGAGACGCGUGUGCAGGCCGCGCGCCUGCUGGAGCAGAUCCUGGUGGCCGAGAACCGGGACCGCGUGGCGCGCAUCGGACUGGGCGUGAUUCUGAACCUGGCGAAGGAGCGCGAGCCGGUGGAGCUGGCGCGGAGUGUGGCGGGGAUCUUGGAGCAUAUGUUCAAGCACUCAGAGGAGACAUGCCAGCGGCUGGUGGCUGCUGGUGGCCUGGACGCCGUGCUGUAUUGGUGCCGCCGCACAGACCCGGGGCUCCUGCGACACUGCGCGCUGGCGCUGGCCAACUGCGCGCUGCACGGGGGCCAGGCGGCGCAGCGGCGCAUGGUGGAGAAGCGCGCCGCCGAGUGGCUCUUUCCCCUCGCUUUCUCCAAGGAGGACGAGCUGCUGAGGCUGCACGCCUGCCUCGCCGUGGCGGUGUUGGCAACCAACAAGGAGGUGGAGCGCGAAGUGGAGCGUUCAGGCACGCUGGCGCUCGUGGAGCCUCUCGUGGCCUCGCUGGAUCCUGGCCGCUUCGCCCGCUGUCUGGUGGACGCCAGCGACACAAGCCAGGGCCGCGGGCCUGACGAUCUGCAGCACCUCGUGCCGCUGCUCGACUCGUCGCGCUUGGAGGCUCAGUGCAUCGGGGCUUUCUACCUCUGUGCGGAGGCUGCCAUCAAGAGCCUGCAGGGCAAGACCAAGGUGUUCAGCGACAUUGGCGCUAUCCAGAGUCUGAAACGCCUCGUGUCCUACUCCACCAAUGGCACCACGUCGGCGCUGGCCAAGCGCGCUCUGCGCCUGCUGGGCGAGGAGGUGCCGCGGCGCAUCCAGCCUUGUGUGCCCAGCUGGAAAGAGGCGGAGGUCCAGACGUGGCUGCAGCAAAUCGGCUUCUCCCAGUACUGCGAGAGCUUCCGGGAGCAGCAGGUAGAUGGAGAGCUGCUUCUGCGGCUCACGGAGGAGGAACUGCAGACAGACCUGGGGAUGAGAUCGGGCAUCACCCGCAAGAGGUUCUUGAGAGAGCUCACGGAGCUCAAGACCUUUGCCAACUAUGCUACCUGCGACCGUAGCAACCUGGCUGACUGGCUGGGCAGCCUAGAUCCGCGCUUCCGCCAAUACACCUAUGGGCUGGUCAGCUGCGGUCUGGACCGCUCCCUGCUGCACCGCGUGUCCGAGCAGCAGCUGCUGGAGGACUGUGGCAUCCGCCUGGGUGUGCAUCGCUCGCGCAUUCUCUCUGCAGCCCGAGAAAUGCUCCACUCCCCACUGCCCUGUACCAGUGGCAAGCUUGGCGGGGACACCCCAGAUGUCUUCAUCAGCUACCGAAGGAACUCAGGCUCCCAGCUGGCCAGCCUCCUGAAGGUGCACUUGCAGCUGCAUGGCUUCAGCGUCUUCAUCGAUGUGGAGAAGCUGGAAGCUGGCAAGUUCGAGGACAAGCUUAUCCAGAGUGUCAUAGGUGCUCGCAACUUCGUGCUGGUGCUCUCAGCUGGCGCACUGGAUAAGUGCAUGCAGGACCAUGAUUGCAAGGACUGGGUGCACAAGGAGAUUGUUACUGCUUUAAGCUGCGGCAAGAACAUUGUGCCCAUCAUUGAUGGCUUUGAGUGGCCUGAGCCCCAGGCUCUGCCUGAGGACAUGCAGGCAGUGCUUACCUUCAACGGCAUCAAGUGGUCCCACGAGUACCAAGAGGCCACCAUUGAGAAAAUCAUCCGCUUCCUGCAGGGCCGCUCCUCCCGGGACUCAUCUGCAGGCUCUGAUACCAGUUUGGAGGGGACCACACCCUUGGGCCCACCUUAAUCAGUCCCCAGUUCCCAAGCCCUGCUGUGACUCCCCUUUCCUCCCAAAGGUACACCGCCUGGCCAGUCUGGGCUGAGACAGCCUGGGCUCUUCUCAGGAAGUGGCUCUCGCAGUCCCCUCCCCUCCUGGCCCACUUUAAACCUCAGUAUGUGGAAGGGGAAGGAAAUCAGGCAUGGGGGUAGGGAGGGCUCCUCCUCCCUCCUGCCAUCAGGUCCCCUGUCUUCCACCCCAACUGUGUUCCUGCUGUUAUAGAGACACAGGAGAUGAGGGUGGGUUGCUGCAAGUUCUCCAUCUCCUACCCUGAGUGCGGCUGGCAGAAGGGUGAAGGCAGGCAGCCUGGUACAGGAAGGAAGUGGGCAAGGCCUGGCCUGUGCCUGGCCUCAUAGUCCAAGCAAGGGCCUGGGCCCAGGUGGCAUCCAGGGAUGAGAGUCCCACAAUGGCUGUCCACUCAAGACUGUGCCUGGCCCCUGGCUCACCACUUCCUGCUGCCUUGUGGCCUUGCCCUGUAACCACUCAGUGCCCCUCCAGCCUUCCUAUGGAACAGCCUCCUUUGCCACAUCCAGGUUCAAGGUUGGGCCAGACUGGCCAUCUGGCUGGUCUGUGGCACAGGAACCUCUUGCUCGGGCCUGGGACUGCCCAGGAAGGCCUCGUUUCAAGCCCACCCAACCACAUGCCUUGGUGCUAUGCCUGAGGCUCCUGCCUGGCCUGGGCCCACUAGCUUCCCUAGCUCCUCACCCACUCAGGGCUUCCCACCCACUUGCUCCGGGAAGAGGACUAGGCAACUGCCUGGCAGCAAUGGUACCCUGGGCAGAACGUACAGUUGUGGGAAGCAGUAUAAUCUGAAAGGGUACAUUUCCCCAAGUGUAAAGUGCAUUCAAAUCCUUUGGGACGCCUGUUAAAAUUCAAUUCAGGAGACCCCAGGUGGGGCCUGAGCAUCUGCAUUUCUGACUCCCAGAAGAGCUGACAUUGGUGGUCAAGGGAUGAUACUGAGCAGCAAGUCCCUCAGGAAUCCUUGCCAUUUCCCAAGCACUCUGCUCAUAGUCUAACCAUCACAGCAACUCUAUCCUGUAUGAUCACUCCCACUUCAUAGAUAAGGAAGAAAGGCUGAAUGAUGAGCCCAGUUCCCAAAGCCAUUAGGGGCAACCCCAGGAUCCAGACCCAGGCCUCCCAGCACUCAGCCACUCCUGGUGAACCUGCUAUCUUGAGACUCAUCCUGGAGCAUGUGCAGAGCCAUGGCUUGUCCCUUGCCUCAGAUUCUGACACUGGGACAGGUUUUAGCCAAAAGCCCAACCCAGGAGCUACACAGAAAUAACAGGGCAAGAGUAUCCCUUUGCCUCUCUCUCCACUGGAGUAGGAAGGGGAAAAGUGCCUCCACCAACCGAGCCAGUGGAGUUGGCUGUUCCUGACACGUUGCUCCCCUCCGAGGGCACCACUUCCAGACCCCCUACGUGUGGAGCAGGCCAGGGUGCUCCCUUGCUUUUGGGCCACAUCGUCAGAAAGUCAAGUUUCAUCCAGGCUUGGGAGGUCUUCCUUCCAGUUCCCCCCCUGGAAAACGCCCCAUCUUCCACUGGUGCCAGCCUGGCUGUGGCUCUGACUGGGCACAAUCCUCCCUUACUACGAGAGUUUGCUAGUGCAGGUCCAGGCUCUGUCCUGGAUGCGAGGAUGAGGUAGAUUGGAUGUUGCCCUCACAGUCUAGUCGAUCACAAAACAGUGUACAGGCACUCCCAGGGGAAGCUGUCUGUCUUUUUUGUCCCCAAUCACCCUACUCCCUGCGGAGUGCCCCAUGGGUAGUACUCAGAAGUUCCUGGGUUUUCUUUGGUUCAGUACACUCUCCACGGAAGUCCACCUCCACUGCCCGGCUUUCUGGCUGACCUCUUUGCCCUCAUCUGUCUCCUGGGAUAACCAGAGCCCAUCCUCCAGCCCAGCCAGGCCAGUGUAUUCAGGGGUGACAGCCUCCUUGCAAACACUGAUCACUUGUAGCCAAGGCCAAGACAAGCACCAUUAGCCUGGUGCUGCCCCUACCAGACAUGGUCCCUCAGGAUUGAUCCUUCUCCAGAGCCUGCUCUGACAUGGGUCUUGAGGGUCCAGGUUUUUUGCUUGGCUGGGCAUAUCUGCUGCCCCCAGAAUGGGGCUGAGUCAGUGUGGUUCCUACCCCACUUCGCCUACCCUUUCCCAAGGGCCAUGAACUGGUCAGGGACAUUCAGAGGCCAGAAGUCCAGCCACAAUUCAUUCAUCCUUACCCAGGCCCAUGAAGACAGGCAUCUCAUUCUAGACUGUUAGGGGUGGGAAGAUCUCAGAGGAUCAGACUAAUGUGCUUCCUAACAUGUCCCACUAGGUGUGGGCCCCAGAUCACACAGCUUGGGGCACUGCUGACCUCACCCUUCCUAGAGGGGCUUGCUCAAGGUCACAGUUGGCCAGAGGCCAGCCCAGAGUCUGUGCCCUCCUCUCCUCACAGCCUCAUGGUGGGGGGGUUAGUGGAAGCCCUGUCUGUGCUCAGAUCCCCCAGUUGCAGGGGGACAGUGAGGGAGGAGUCUGGAGACAGGGGUCCAGGCUGCAGAGGCCCCAGCUGGACCUGGGCUACCACUUUACCAUUAUGAUUUCCAGUCAGGCAACUGGCUUGCAGAGCAGGUGAGAGAGAAAGAGGGAAGCCACCAUGGGCACUUCUGGUUUGAAGAGUUAAGUACUCCCUGAGUUGGCUCUGCUUGAGGGCACUUAAAGCCUUCAUCAAAGCCAGUGCCUUACUAUUAAAUAAGAUUCUGCCUUUCAACUUCCUAACUCCCUAAGAACAGACUCCUCAUUCUCUGGGAAUCUGGGGCCAUGGAUUAUAUGGGAAACUGGGCCCAGCUCCUAGGUUCCCACUGACCUCCCGAGGGACAGUCUCAGUAUAUAGCUCUGCUGCAAUGCUCAGCAAUGCGAGUUAUCUGAAGGUGGAGUGGCAACAAAAACUGACCUGCCUGGGCUGGUGCAGCCAGAAAGAGCAGUACAAUUAGGAAUGGGCAGCAAGGGCUCUGCCCCAAGCUCAUUUCUAUUUUUGUGUUUGAACACAGGGUGUUGCUAUGUUGCCCAGGCUGGUUUUGAACUCCCAGGCUCAAGCAGUCCUCCUGCUGCAGCCUCCAGAGUAGCUGGGACCACAGGUGUGUCUCUACAGCCACUUGCCCCAUGCUUUUCUACUGGCCUCAUGCAAGCCUGGUGGCCUUCCACAUUGCGCAGGAGUUGACAGAAAUCAGAUGAGGCUUGCAGGACACACCCAGUGCCAUUCCCACAGGCAGUUUAGGGGCACCCACUCAGGCCAGCUGCUGCUGGUAUCUGACCCAUCUUGGGCAGACCAAAAGCAGGAAAACAGAGGCCCCAACCCCAAUGCCAGAAGAUUCUUUUCAGCUUCACUCAACUGAUUUAUUGUGAUGACUGGCACUGUUAAACCCAGAGGUGAGUAGGCUUAAUUUCCAACCACAGUGACAGCAGCAUUCUCCCUCCAGAGGGCACCAGGUCCGUCCCACAACCUCCCCUCCCCAAGCAUUAACCAGAUAGCAGCUUUAUCAGUCAUGAGUGACAGAGGAACUAGUGCCAUGCACUUUGCAAUGUGAGCUGGAAGAAGAGAUGCCAGCCCUCAUGCUUCACCUGGGUCCUGAAGUGUCACCUCCAAGACCUCUCCUCUCUCACAUGGCAUAAGGGUGACGCAUGGUGGAAGGGUAAACAGAACCCAGAUGCUCCCUGCUGCUGUCCUUCAAGGGAGUUGUGGGUGCUGCAGGGGGCUGGGAUCUCAGGGCAGACUUGAAAUCAGGCCAUGCUCUCUGCUCCUCUGGCUCAGGCACAUCAGGGGCUCUGGGGAAACUGCUGGAAGUCAGGGUGAGGAUUAAUCCUUUCCAGUAUCCUGUGAGAGACCAGAGAGAGGGUACAGAGUUGACCUGGAGGAACCCUCAACGACUGUCUGGAGAAGUGACACAGGAUUGACCGGGGGGUCCACCUCCCCAAGCUGAAAGGUAGAGGACAAUGCCCAGAGACAGCUCUGGAAAAUAACUCGUCAGACCAUUAGGAAAAAGUUAGGGGCCAGGCUGGCCUGUGGUCUGGCCAUAAGUAGCUGAGAAUGCUCUCGGAGAUUCCACCAUAGUUCCACCUAUGAAAUGGGACAGAGGAGGAGGACAGGUGCUGGGAUGGGGAAAAACAUGGCCCUGCCAAGUGCUGCCCCUACCUGCCCUGCCACUGUGCCCUUGUGGAACAGCUCCUGGAGGAUUAGGCAGCUGUGAGAGGGGAGUCAGCCUGAGACAGCACACCUAGAAAAAGGUCCCUGGAAUGAAGCUGCCAUUUGCAGCCAGGAAGCAGAGGAAACCUUUAGGAUAAAGGGCUAUGUUAUGAACAUAGGUUUAGGGCCCUGCAUUACCCAAUCAGAAUGGCUGGGAUGAAGAGAAGGCCAGCUCCCAGGAGGAAAGGGAAUCCCUUCAUGAAGUUCAAAGUGGCUGGGUAGAGCGAGUUGAAGAUACCGGAGGCUGUCAGCAUGGCCAAGCUAUUCACACAGGCCACAGCAGAAAAGAGAGCACCUGGAAGAAAUAAAUGUCACCCUCUGGAGUUUAAAAGACCUAGGGUCAAAUCCUGGCCCCACCACCUCUCAACUGUGUGACGUGGAGCAAGUCAUUUAACCUAAGUCUCACCUCCCUCACCUGUGUGACAGAUUCAUAGUCAUGCAUGGAAAGGACCUGGCACAGAGGGGCUACUAAAUAAAUGGCUGCUAUUAAAUCCACAA